GCAAAAAUGUCGCCGCUUUAAUCCGCCUCGUAAUAUCGAAGAAAGUCAUUAACGUGGGGGCUACCAGACAACACAAACUCGAUAUUGAAUGUGAUGUUCUCAAGGACAGUUUCUAAGAACAUCGUAAGAUCAAAAAGAGCCAUGUCUACAACUUCUUCGCCAUUCACUCAGGCCGUUGUAUCGGCUAUGAGAAAGUUGUAGGUUACAGUGAAUCAACAUUCCCGAAAGAAAAGCCCAGUGCUCAUGGUACAUUGCAGGUACCCGGAGCAACUCGCGGACAGUAGUUUUGAUAACACAGGGCGUAGGUUACUUCCUGAGAUUUUAGGGUCUGUCCUUCACUGACAAUCCUCAAGUUUUGUUGGAGGCACCACAUCGCGAAAAUCAUCUCAAGGAUUCAGUUCUUCUAACGGUUGAUCUCACCAAGGGGGUUGCAGACGAAGCUAUCCGUAGGAAAGAUUCAGUCAUUGUCACAUAUCGUAAGUAGACUUGGCAUAGAAUAGAGAAAAAGUUGAUAUCAUUUGUCUAAUUAAUAUUAAGAUCCUAUCAUCUUCCGUCCUUUGAAGGCAGUCACCCUCGCCAAUUCCCAACAAAGUUCUCUGCUCCGUCUUGCCCAAGAAGGAAUCAGUGUUUACAGUCCUCAUACAGCUGUAGAUGCUGCACCAGAAGGCCUCAAUGACUGGCUCGCCGAUAUAGUCACCAAUCGACGCUUAAGAAAGGAUCGAUCGUAUGUUCCUUUUUCAUGCUCAUUUAACUCGUGAAAUGAGAUACUGAUAUGCAAUAGUAUCGAUACCGAGUCAAUCGACCACAAACGCUUAAUUAUCAAUCCCGUCAAGGAUAUACCCGAUGGGUUCGAAGGUGCCGGAUAUGGCCGAAUCGUCCGAUUCAAGCAACCUCAAAAGCUAGGAGACCUUGUUGCACGGAUACAAUCCUCACUCCAAAUUGGAGGCCGUCUCUCCGGACUUUCCAUAGCGGUUCCACAAUCCAUACCUAGAGGGCAAAAAUCUUCUAUUGAAAUUUCUUCCAUUGGAAUUUGUGCCGGAUCUGGGGGGUCCAUGCUUAAUGGCUUGGACGUUGACUUGUUGUUUACUGGCGAAUUGAGCCAUCAUGAAGCCUUGGCGGCCGUUGAGCAGGGCAAAUGUGUCGUUACUGCAUUCCACAGCAACACUGAAAGAGCCUUUUUAAUGGACCGAAUGCAGACUGCUUUGACAGAGGCAUUGGGGGGUAAAGCGGAAAUUGCAGUAAGCGAGGUCGAUAGGGAUCCCUUUGAUAUCAUCCACAAGGAUGAGGUGGAUUGGUAGAAUAGUGGCAACCCGGUGAGCCUACCAGGUUACACGAAUAUUGAUUUGCUAGAGCUUCCGGGUGAAAUAAGUGAUUUAGAUGUUGCUGUCGUUGCGUCAUGAUGUUCCUUUUGCCUUUAUGUUAAUCCAACUC